AUGUUCUCCAACUUUUCCAUCAUGAGUGCAGUAUUAGUAAACAACAGGCACAAAAUCAGUGUGCUGACUAGUGGGCCCUUGACCUGCCAGAGACUGCUGCAGAAGCUUCCUUACUUGGAUGAGGAUCCAGUGGGUUCUGACUGUAGCACCCUGAAGGCCUGCCAGGGAGAGCUCAGGCUAUUCAGGCCUUUCAUCAACAGUGUUACCAUCUGUAACAGUAUAUCAGCGGUGAUUGCGGGGUCGGGGGUCGGGGGUGAUCUACGAGGCGGGGCCGGUGUCUCCGGAUCUCUGGGCGACGCGGCCGGGGCUGUGUCUGCGGCCGGGCCGCGGCUCCUCCUCUUCUUCCCGCGGCGGCUGACGUGGAGCCUGCGGCUCGGGGCGGAUGUGUUUGCCCCACAGUACCUGGUCUGCAAGAGGAAGCUGGAGAGUAAGAAGGAAGCGCUGCUCAUCCUGUCCAAGGAGCUGGACACCUGCCAGCAGGAGCGGGACCAGUUCAAGCUCAUGGCUAAUCAGCUGCGCGAACGCCACCAGUCGCUGAAGAAGAAGUACCGCGAGCUGAUCGAUGGAGAUCCAUCACUUCCCCCUGAAAAGAGGAAACAGGCUAAUCUUGCACAACUAUUGAGAGAUUCUCAGGACCGAAAUAAACAUCUGGGAGAAGAAAUUAAAGAACUUCAACAAAGGCUCACAGAAGUCCAGGGUGACAAUAAGCUCUUAAGGAUGACAAUUGCCAAGCAAAGACUAGGAGACGAAGAAAUUGGUGUGCGGCACUUUGCAGCCCACGAGAGGGAAGACUUGGUUCAGCAGCUGGAGCGAGCGAAGGAGCAGAUCGAGUCUUUGGAGCACGACCUGCAGGCCUCCGUGGAUGAGCUUCAGGAUGUCAAGGGAGAGCGGGCCUCCUACCAGGACAAAGUGGACCGGCUGAACCAAGAGCUCAACCACAUCCUGGGAGGCCACGAGAACCGCAUCAUCGACGUGGACGCCCUGUGUAUGGAGAACAGGUACCUUCAAGAGAGAUUAAAACAACUCCACGAAGAGGUCAACCUCUUGAAAUCAAACAUCGCCAAAUACAAGAACGCUCUCGAGAGACGGAAAAACUCGAAGGGCCAGGGCAAAUCCAGCAGUAGCGCUCUGACUGGAGUCCUGUCUGCAAAGCAAGUUCAGGAUCUGCUCUCUGAGGAUCACGGGUGCAGUCUCCCUGCUACACCGCAGUCCAUUUCAGACCUGAAAUCUCUGGCAACUGCCCUGUUGGAGACUAUCCAUGAGAAAAACAUGGUCAUUCAGCACCAGAGGCAAACCAACAAAAUCCUGGGGAAUCGAGUAGCUGAGUUGGAGAAAAAAUUAAGAACUCUGGAAGUUUCUGGUUUGUGGAGUCUUCCAGGCCUGAGCUACAAUGUUUCCAUAGGAUUUGGCAGGGGCAAGGAUACCAUACUGUUCAGUGACCCUACUCUUUCUACCAUACAAAGGUCAAGAUCCCCACUGCUGAAGUUUGUUGAGCAGCCUGCGGAGAACCAACCAAAUCCUAAGGACGGGGAGGCUCAGCAGCAGGAAGGAGAUGAAAGCUGUGUUGCCGCCGAGGCGUUGACAGCGCCCGAGGAUGCUGGGAGGCCCGCUGUCAGCUCCCCAGCAAACCCGAGCCACGGGAGCCAACGCAAGCACUUUCAUCCUUCAUUACCCCGGCUACCUUCUGAGGAGGGAGAAGUAAACAGACUUGGAAGGGGAAUAAUUAAACUGACAAAGGAACAGGCAGCUGCAGAACUGGAAGGGGUCAGGAGAGAGAGUCCUCCGGAGGGACUGAAGAGCUCGCCUCCCUUGGGCCUGGCCUCCAAGGGGGAGCUCCCCAAAUCCCUCCUGGACAGCUUGGGACCUGCGCAGCCUGCAGCUGAAGCGGCUGUCCUGGAAGACGGUAAAGGGAUCUCAGAGGAUGGGGACAUAAGCAGUGUCGUGCAAACAUGAAAGGGAACGGAGCCCAAUACGGUGACACUUUGCAGGCACCAGGGAUGGCAAGAAAAGAAUGAGGCAUCAGAAUACCCGCACAGGUCGCUUCUUCCUAAAACACCUCAGCCUCUGCAAAUGAGGAAUGGCUCGGAUCCUGUCGCAAACUGUGAACGUCCCGACGAUGCCUGUGGGGUGUGAUUUAUUAAACGUGGGCCCUCAAGCUUCGCAAGUGUCAUCUCUUUCUGCCGAGGAUGCGCGGCUGUGAACAGGGCCCGGCUGCCAUAUGGCUGGUCUUCGGCCUCCGUCUCUCUGUCAGCAUUUGUUUUAUUAGAGAUAAGGUGUUUUUCUAUUAGCAUUUAACGUCGUCGAUCAAAAUUAUGGGAAGAGCCGGAAAUGGAGAGGGUUUUGAGUCAGGCCUGGUACGGGGAGGCUGCUGGAGAGAACAGCGUAAUGGAGCAUCAAGCAUCAUGCGUCUGCAGGGCCCAGCGGAGCUCCUCGCAUGGGUGUUCUUGGCAUCCUGCCACCAGCACUGUCUGUUGAGGGCUGACUGGCGGGCGGAAAGGGAGAUGCGCCUGAGAAGGUUGGGCUUCUGGUCGGAAAUCCAUCGCGCCUAUAGAGGCCUGUUUGCAUCCUGCUAGAGCUGAGUUUUCUAGCCUAUAAAUCUGGGGGAUUAAUUGAUCAGAAGUGGUGGAGGAAGAGGGUCUGGGACUCCCAGGGGUGAUCCGAUUCUUUGCUUUUAAAAAGAAAUGAGAACUAGAAGUAGAAGUGCUUGUUUGCUUUAUUCAGCCUGUGCUAUCUAUCUGUAGGAUUUUGAGGCCAUUCUGGGCUUGGGAAAGAGCCGGCUGUGUGGUGUCAGUCUCCUGCCCUGUGCCCCGUGAACCUAGAAUGCUUUUCUCCUUCAAUAGAAUGUGUUCUCAGUGCCACCAGGUACUGGGAUUUGAAAGACAAGACACAGAGCUCAUGGCCCUGGAGGGGAAAGAGAGAGAAAAACAAAAUGACCUCAUCCCGCUUGGUUGGAGGAGCACCCUGUGGGACUCAGGGCCAGGUCCAAGGGUGAGAAAGGAGGAAAUGGCAGUCACUGCCUGGGUCUUCUAGGGAUCGGACUUAGCAGUUUCGCACAACAUCCGGGGCUGCAGGAAAUCAGUGCCAUCGAGCCGUGGACCUCCUAUGAGCUAGACUCCAUUUAUUUCUCCCAGAGAGCCUGAUACCAGAUUCCACCACUCAGAACACCUCAGAGAACCAGCAUCACAUUGCAGACACCUUCCUGCAGAAAAAGGGAAGGCACCCAGGACAGUGGAGGUUAGAAAUUUAUCCUAAAAACCUGAUUGUACACAGGCUCACCUAGACGUGACACCUGCUUAUGGGAGGCUGGCCCACACCGACACUUCCCUGCCAGGUUGCAUCUCCUGGCGACACUCUUCUGACAGACAUCACAGUGCCUCGCUUCGGAGGGGGGCAAGUGCACAGUGGGGGCCUGACGUUCAGGGCUUCUGAUUCUUUCCCAGCUCCCUGAGGCUCCCCGCCUGGCAGAAUAGGAGCAUGCUGGAGCCAGUGCCCUGACACUUUGGGGUGUAAGGACACAUAUCUUCUCCCAGUGCUCCAUUCAUCCUUCUCCAUUCCACUAGGUCCCUCUGCCCCUGGGCACGCCCCCAUAACAUCCCCUCCUGGCAGGCCUUCUGCAGCUACAGCGCUCACCCAGUCCAGCGCUCACAGAAGGAGCCAUCCUGCUGCAGGGGGCCGGGGCCUGCGCGGGCUGCCGAUGCACACCCCUACUGCACAGAGCAACCAAAGGGAACAGCCAGGCCUAACACAGCGAUAACACAGAGAAAAGUCUCACCCCACAGGAGCUCUUGUUUGCCAUGCAGUCGGCCGGAGGUACCUCUGCAGGGCCUGUUGAUCGCUUUCUGGAGAGUGGGGCUUAUAAUAAAGCCCAGCACAGUCCGUUAGGGCCAGGGAAACUGAGUCCCAGAGAGGCAGGGCUUUGGGAAGCUGGGGUCAGAGGAGCUGAAACUUUGACAGUGGGAGAGUCAUCAGUGUGGAAGGCUCUUGUGUUCUUAGAUGGAAUGGGAGACAGGCUUGAUCCUGGCAUAUCAAUGCCCUAUUCACACGUGUGACACUGUCAUGCAUCUGCUAACUCCACCCAUGUGGUUUUCUGUUCCAUAGACAUUAAAGAGAGAUUUGGCAACGA